UGACGAAUUGUGUUAGUGACGCAUUUCUUACCUGUUAGAUGGAAAAAUGGAAUAGGGCAAAAAGGCGACAAGAGAUAAAAAGAAAAAUAACAGAAGAUUAAGAGAGGUUUGCAUACCCCACAACCUGCUGUCUGGAACUUACUAGAGCAUCAACUGGAAAUAAAAACACGAGUAAUUAAAAAUAUCGUAGUAAUUUAGGCUAGCGUAAUAAUGAACGGAUUGAGUUUUGGUGAGCUGUGUUGUUUAUUCUGUUGCCCACCGUUUCCCGGUAGGAUUGCAGCCAAACUCGCUUUCCUACCGCCCGAUCCAACGUACAAUCUAACGCCAAUUGAUGAAAGCAAAGCAAAAUAUUUGCUUAGCUUCAACGAACGAGCCGAAUGGCCAUAUUCGGAACGGGAGAAAGAGAACGUGGAAGGAUUCUUCACGCGGACAUCCCGAGGCAACAAGCUGUCCUGUAUUUAUGUACGAUGUGCCCCUAAUGCCAAGUAUACGUUGCUGUUUUCUCACGGCAACGCCGUGGACCUCGGACAGAUGAGCAGCUUCUAUUUGGGACUCGGGCUGAGAAUCAAUUGCAACAUCUUCAGCUACGACUAUUCGGGCUAUGGAAUGAGCACCGGAAAGCCUUCGGAGAAGAACCUAUACGCUGAUAUCGACGCCGCGUGGCAUUCUCUGAGAACACGUUUUGGAGUCAGUCCGGAGAACAUCAUUCUGUAUGGCCAGAGUAUUGGUACAGUGCCAACGGUAGAUUUGGCCGCGCGAUACGAGGUUGGCGCGGUUAUUCUGCAUUCGCCGCUCAUGUCCGGAAUGCGGGUGGCGUUCCCAAAUACGAAAAGAACUUGGUUCUUUGAUGUAUUUCCAAGCAUUGAUAAGGUCUCAAAGAUCGGUUCCCCAGUUCUGGUCAUACAUGGAACCGAAGAUGAGGUGAUAGAUUUUUCCCACGGUCUUAGCAUCUACGAAAAAUGCCCCAAGGCUGUCGAACCACUGUGGGUAGAGGGAGCUGGUCAUAAUGAUGUAGAGCUAUACAAUCAAUAUCUAGACCGUUUGAAGAAGUUUAUCGCAAUAGAGCUCAUCAACUGACAAUUAAAGAAUGCUCCCGGCCAGCCACCGCCCGGCACAAGAAGCCCCAAACGUAC